CCCCGUUCAAACCAAGUAAAUCUCAAACGCAACAGUUAACAAAAUAUUUUGUCACAUGUUUUAAAUAAAUUUUGGAAAUAAACUCUGGAGUGUAAAAAUUUCAAGAAACUCUAAGCCUCAAUUGUCCCCAAGUGAAUUUGUCUGGUAGUCACAACAGUACCCGACAUAUUCGUCAACAUAAGGGCCCUAAUCUGGACUCUUCGAAGUACUACAAAUUUGCAGUUCACAGUUUAACCAGCUUAGGAAGAAGAUUGCAAAAUGUCGUCGGAAUACGACAUUGUUCCACGGUCGGGAGGACUGAAGCUGAAAAAAAUUGAUCACACUAUUAAAAAGAAGAAGAAGAAGAAGACUGAGGACCUGACAGACAUUGCUGGAGGUUCGAAGAGUAAAACAAGUGGGUGCGAUGGUGGGGGUGGUGCAUCCUCUCAAAACGAUAUCGACGCAGCAAUUGAAGCCAAGAUUCGAGAACGGAAUCCACUCAUGCACAAAACCAAGGCGGAACUAAGAUUUCUACAAAUGCAGGAGAAGAUUAAAGACAAGAAAAUCAUUGAAAAGGCUUCAAAAACACAUAAAAUGAGAGUCGAAGAGUUUAAUAAGCAUCUGGAUAAUUUAACUGAACACUUUGACAUACCUAAAGUAUCGUGGACAAAAUAAGCAAGAUUCGUACAAUCUACAAAUUCGUACGCUACUGUAUAUAUUGUAAAUAUAUUAUAUAUAUACUGAUCUUUGUAAACUAAUCGUUUUAUUCGAUUACGAUUUAAUUGCUACAUAUAGUUUAUUAAUUUCUCGAUUUUUACCAAGGAUGAAAUAACAACCAAUUAUUUAUGUAGACAAAAUUAA